AAAUGAGCACUUAAAUGACAAAAGUAGAUAAAGAUUAAGUAAAAAUUAAUAGCAAAAUCACUCUCCAAUCUCAAUGCAGCAGGAGUACCGUGCUGUUACGUUUGGCCUUCCUUUUUUGGCUUCACGUGGGCUUGCACAAAAUUUAUUCCUAUUGAAGUCAGUUACUACUAAAAUAUGAUCAAUUCAGUCUGCAUCGGAGAAAUACGUUGGACUAACGAGGAUAAGAAACAUUAUAAAAGGGAGGUGACUGACGAAGUACAACCCACUAAAGAGCCGUUGCAAUAAGAAAAAGAAAGGGAACAUAUUCCAAUUUUCUCUUCAGAUCCUCCGUCAAUGGAGAAGGAAACCAAGGUCUGUGUGACAGGAGCAGCAAGCUUCCUUGGUUCUUGGCUUGUCAAAAAGCUCCUAGAAAAGGGAUACACUGUCCAUGCGACGUUAAGGAAUCUGGGAGAUCCGUAUAAGGUUGGGCUUCUUAGUAGCCUCCCGAAUGCAGGGACCAAAUUAAGGUUGUAUGAAGCUGACGUGUAUAAUCUCGGUUUGUUCAAACAAGCAAUUGAAGGUUGUGAAUAUGUGGUCCAUAUGGCCACCCCCCUGCUCCAUCAACCCCUCAGUUCUCAGUUCAAAAAUACAUCCGAGGCUGCAGUUGCUGGAGUGAAGAGCAUUAUGGAGUUGUGCAUUAGAUCAGGAACUGUGAAGCGACUCAUUUACACAGCCUCUGUGACGGCCGCAUCACCUAUAAAAGAAAAUGGAAAGGGCUUCAAAGAUCGGAUGGACGAAUCCUGUUGGACUCUCCAAGAAAUAGCACUUCCCUACAGUAACGAGUUGUUGGUGGGAUAUACAUGCUCAAAAACACUUUCCGAGAAAGAAUUGUUGAGGUAUAACGGAGAGCUAGAGGUUGUGAGCCUCGUUUGUGGCUUAGUGGGAGGGAAAACACUUCUCUCUAGCAUGCCUGAAAGCAUGGGAGUGCUCAUUUCACAAGCAGCAAAGAACAAAAGGAGGUAUCGCACUCUAAGGUUUUUGGAGGAAUUGUUGGGAAGAGUCCCAAUUUUGCACAUUGAAGAUGUUUGCAAUGCUCUCAUUUUUUGCCUGGAGAAGCCCUCUAUCAAAGGCAGGUUUCUCUGUGCCAGCGCGUACUUGAGCUCUGCAGAUAUUGCGAGCCACAGUCGAAAACUUUAUCCACAUAUCGAGAUAAAUGAAGAGUUUGUGGAGAACUUAGGGAGGGAAAUCUCUUGGGGCUCUGCGAAGCUGGAAGAAGUUGGAUUUGGUUACAAAUGUGAUGUCAAAAUGAUACUAGAAGACAGUAUCAACUGUGGGCUGAGGCUAGGUGAAUGCGGUUUACAUUUUCCUGCAACCCGUUAGGAGCCAUCCUCUCGGAUUUUCGUUUCUAAUUUAUCUAAUGCCAGAUACUCUGCUCUGGACGGAUGAACCUAUGUACUUGCCACAAUGAUGAGAUAGCUGCAGAAAAGCUUUUUUUUUUAA